GAGACGACGGGGUGAUUGUGCAACAAUAUAUAUUUUUAAAAAGCUAGACUACAAUUAUUUUGUUUUAAACAAAUAGUGAUUAGCAGUUACACAUCUUGAAUAAAUCGUCAAAUUCGAUAUACCUAGUUAAUAAAACGAUGAGUUCGGGAGUGGAAAAUCUAACAUUAACCCCAGUACAGCAGUUUUACAACAAUUCCAAAAUAUUCAUUACCGGUGGUACAGGAUUUUUCGGCAAAAUUCUAUUAGAAAAACUGCUGCGUUCUUGUCCAAAUGUUUCUACGAUUUAUAUUUUAAUAAGACAAAAGAAGGGAAAGGAUACGAAAACUAGAGCGAGAGAAAUUCUGGACGAUGUACCCUUUCAGAGGCUAAAGGCAGAACGAAAAAACUUUGGAGACAACGUCGUGGGAAUAGAGGGAGAUUGCAAUUUACCAAAUUUGGGAAUGAGCUUACAAGACAUUGAAAUUCUGAAAAAAGAGGUGAAUAUAAUAUUCCAUAUGGCAGCCACACUGAACUUCACGGAGAAGCUGAAAACAGCCACAUUUACUAACAUAAGAGCUACCAGGGACAUCAUCACCCUCGCGCACGAGAUGCCCAAUCUUAAAGUUCUAAUGCACGUAUCCACGGCUUACUCAAAUUGCAUCCAUAAAGUCAUCGAGGAGAAAAUUUACCCACCAGCAUUCGACGGUAAAACGCUGAUCACGAUGACAGAGAAACUACCAGAUGAAAUUUUUGAUAAAAUUUCUGAAAUGUUAGUAGGGGACUAUCCUAAUACUUAUACAUUUACCAAGCAAAUUGCGGAAGGAAUUGUUGAAGAAGAAGGUUUCGAUCUACCCGUUGGAAUACAUAGGCCCGGCAUAGCUGUCUCCACCUACAGGGAGCCGAUUAAAUCCUGGAUUAACAAUACGUAUGCCGCAACCGGCAUGGUAACGUACGCUGGGCUAGGUAUGAUCAGAAUGGCGCACGGUAGUACCACGUCGAACAGCAACGUGGUACCCGUAGAUAUGUGCAUGAAUUCAUUGAUAGCCGCUGCCUGGGAUGUGGGCACGACUUACCAAACGAAUAUGGCACAGAAAAAGGAACGCGAGAUACCGGUGUACCACUUUGAAAGCAACAGUGACAAGCCAAUAAAAUGGGGGUCAUUUUUCGAAAAAUCCUUGCGCUAUGGAUCAGAAGCUCCAAGUUCAAAAUCCGUCUGGUUCCAUAGUUUCCAUAUAUACAGUAACUUAUACUUAUACAAUAUUUUAGCGUUUAUGGUCCAUACCCUGCCAGCCUUCCUUUCAGAUUUAGUAUGUUUAUCUAUAGGAAAACCACCAACAAUGAUGAAAAUGUACAUGAAACUCCACAAAUUUGCCGAUGUGCUGUCGUACUUCGGCAACAGAGAGUGGACAUAUAAAUCCAAUAACGUAAGAAAAUUGUUAGAUAAGAUGUCCGACAAAGACAGAGAGAUAUUCUUUGCUGAUCUGCGACAAGUGGACUGGAACGAGUUUUUAAAAACCUAUUUUUAUGGAAUUAGAUUGUACGUUCUCAAUGAUCCUAAAGAGACUAUUCCCGAGGCAAAGAUAAAAUGGAGAAGAUUGUACUGGGCCCAUAAGGUUACUACCCUUGCAAUUAGUCUUCCUUUGCUAUGGACUUUAUGGUAUUUGUUUAAAUAAAAAAAUAUAUUUAUAGGCAAAAAGUAUUUUGUAUUAUAUUUAUUUGUUCAAAAUAUAUUAUUUUG